AUGUCAAAUUACGUCGCGGCAGCGGCAGCCGCAGCCUCCUCUCCGGGAGUGACGAACAGUGUGCAUCUAGAUUCGCUCGAUGCCAGAAUCGUACAAUAUCAGUAUGGACUGCUGAAAUUGUCCCGAUAUGUUGAGAAGAUACGUGAAUUGCGUGACAUUUGUCGGGAAAAAGGCCCCGAAACCGUUUUUCCUAUCCCCACAUAUCCCAUGCUUCUGAGUGGGUCCAUUUUCAACCUCAGCGAUAAUAUCUUCAGGAGGAGCGAGAUCCUGAUAAAUGGUGGAAAAUUCAACCCGGCCCAAUCAGUGGAUCCUCCUACCAAUACUAAUUCAGUGAACUACGACAUAAUGGAAAACGCUACCAAUUACGAUACCACAAAGCUCAUUAUCCCAGAGUCGAAGAGAUCGUUCGAGUCAUUGAGAUUGUUUGAGCAUCUGAUCAUCAACGCUCACCAAAUAUAUUCCAAAAAGCUCCAACAGGCGUUGCAGGAGAGAACUGCCUGCAGAGUCCCCGAUUCAGCUGGAUAUCCGCAGACGUUCGACUGGGCUGAGAUAUCGGAUUUGCUGCAGCCAGUGGAGCUUGCUGUAAUUCCAUCAUUCAUCUACGAAACGACCCCAGAAAACUCCAAUGAUGCGGAGGCAGUGCGGCAAUCAAUGAGAGACUCAGAUUUGAAAGUAUUGAAGGCUGUGACGGAGUCCGUUGACGUCUCGCUAGCUACACUUAGAGACUAUCUUUCGAUAAUGUGCACUUGCAAAACCAAAGAGGUUCUUCUCAAGGCUCCACAUGCCAGCUAUAUGAUGCACCGUGGGUUUGCCAUUUUGCUAAGACUGGCCGACCUCUACGCGGUUUUGAGAAGGAUUGGAAAAAGGGUGUAUCUGUUCAACUAUCAUCAUUUCCAGAACUACGUUCGACUAGACGAUGGGCUUCGGCACGCGUUGGCCGUAGUGACGGCUUAUUUCAAUCAGCCGAAGAAGAACAACGUUCUGCUGGCCAGUGUGACGAAGUUAACUAGACAGGGUGCCUACGCAAUGGUAAGGUCUGAUUCGACUCUGGCCAUUGCCAAGCAGGGAAUAGAGGCUUGCGCUUUGAUCACGGCUAUGAACGAAUCGCUGAAGAACCUGGCUAUUCGGUGGACUGAUUUAAACAAAAAGAACUUCAACUUGCCCAAUAAAGCCCAAAUGAGGGACCGGUUGAGAGUACAGACGGCUGAACUAAAACGCCAGUCCAGCCUGAUUUCUCCGGAUGGAGGAACGGCUAGAAGACUAGAGGCCAUGUAUAUCGACCCUGAGAAAAAUAAACAGGAGAUGGAAAGGCAGUCAAAACUGCAGAAAGAGAGAGAAGAUGCUGCCAAAGAAGACAGACAGAUGAAAGAGGCUGAAGAAAGAGAGAAUGUGAUCCAGCGCAAAGAGAUGAUUGCACUCAAGGCCGAGGAGAGAGAACGGUAUCUUCGUGAAGAACUAUCACGCACAUCGUCUCCUUUGAAUGGUACGCCAAGCAACAACCUCUCUAGGCGAUCGUCUAUUAGGUCCAGCUCGAGCGGAUCAUCCAGAAGCUCGUCCCUGGUGACUGCACCAUCUCAACCUGAGACCAUCAAGAGAUCGAAUGGUUCUCUCACGAGGUCAGCAUCUCAAAGAUUUUCCCCCACCACGAAAACUUCCGGUCUUGCCAGAAGACAUUCUGUGUCUCUACAUCCUGUUCCUGCUGAGCCGGAAGAAUUGUCGACGUCAUCUUCAGUUCGAUCUUUGUCACCCUCGCAUUCGAGCUCCGCAUCAUCUGCUAGUUCUACAGGAAAUAUAUUCACUUCUCCCACAGCAUUGCGCCGACAGAACCCUGCCAACAUCAAUGGUGAAGGUGCCAAAUCUGCAGUGGCUGGUGCUAUGACAGCGUUCCCCAAGACAAAUAUUAUUCGCGAGACUAAACAACCAUCGUUACAAGCAAGAAUGGCCGCUGCGUCUGUUCCCGCUGCUCAGAAAGCAACCAAUGGGAAGCCACUUUCCGCUCAGCAAAGGCUCCAGAGGCAUAUCAUGAAUUCGACUCUCAGAGGUGAGAUGACGACCAAGCCUAUUGUGGAUGUACCAAGAGUAUUGUACACGCCCUCGGCAAGAGCAGGAAUUGUGAAUGGUUCAAGAACAAGCUCCCUGCAGGGAUCUCUCGGAAGAACAGCUGGAAGCUCUGGAAGCAGUCGAACCAGUUCUUUGGCCAGUGGCAGAGAUUCAGUUAGUCCUAUCAACUCGUUGAAAUCGGCAUCGGCAGCGGAAUUGAGACAUGCGCAGCCACAGCAGAACAGAAGCAGAUCAGGCUCGAUUCAAAGCGUGCAGAGUAUUCAGGAGGAAAGCAUGGUUCAGUCUGCGUUUCCAUCUCCUACCAGCUCUGCUCCCGCUGUGGUUGUGUCUUCGCCAUUGGUGGAAAGAACCAGGAGUAAUAGUGCCUCAAAGAGACCAGCUGGAAAUAUCACCAAGAUCGAAGAGAACACGCCGAACAUAUUUCUGGUCAAGAAAGAAGGCCAGCACGUACCGAAUACGUCAUCUCCAGGAUCGUCUAUUCUCAUCAGAUCUCGUGCUGGCUCAAUUGCUAGUUCUCUUCGCACAGAUACCACUGCUGAGAACGAGCAUACGCUUACGGAGAGCAAUCAUACCACACCGGUAAAGAAGGUGAGAUUCCUCGGGGUUCCUGAAUAUUCUGAAGCCGAAGAUGCUCCUUCGCCCCAGAAAAAGAAAAUGUGGGCCAAGGCACCACCAGUUUUCAGGUUCAACACCCAGAAGACAGUGGUGGACAAUACGCGCAAGAAGGAGAGACUUUUCACUGCCCAGGAAGGCCUCGCUUUCAGAAAAAAUACUCAUACAGAUGAAUGGGGUGGAUUCAACAGAAACAAGGCAAAACAACCGGCUGUUGAGGCUAACGGCAAGGUUUCGAUGAUGAGUUUGGUUACUGAAACUGCUACUCCCACUCCAACCAUACCGGUUCCAAAGGGUAAAUUGACACAGCUAUUCAAAAGAAGGUGA